CACAUGAAAGUCUCCAACAGUUCUAAUAUCAUCACUGAAUUCAUCCUCCUGGGUUUCCCUUGCACCAAGGAAGGACAAAUCCUCCUCUUUCUGCUCUUCUUAAUCAUCUACAUCCUGACCCUGAUGGGCAAUGGCUCCAUCGUCUGUGCUGUACGCUGGGAUCAAAGACUCCACACCCCCAUGUACAUCCUGCUUGCCAACUUCUCCUUCCUGGAGAUCUGGUAUGUCACCUCCACAGUUCCCAACAUGUUGGCCAACUUCCUCUCUGACACCAAGGUCAUCUCCUUCUCUGGCUGCUUUCUCCAAUUUUACUUUUUCUUCUCCUUGGGUUCUACAGAAUGCUUUUUCUUGGCUAUUAUGGCAUUUGAUCGAUACCUUGCUAUCUGCCGGCCUCUGCAUUACCCAACUAUUAUGACAAGACGUCUGUGUACCAAUCUUGUGAUUGGCUGCUGGGUGCUUGGUUUCCUCUGGUUCUUGGUUCCUAUCAUCUUCAUCUCCCAAAUGUCUUUCUGUGGAUCCAGAAUUAUUGACCACUUCCUCUGUGACCCAGGCCCUCUAUUAGGACUCACCUGUACCAAAGCCCCUAUAAUAGAGAUGACUAGCUCUACCUUAAGUUCUCUGCUUUUAUUUAUUCCCUUUCUGUUCAUCAUGGGGUCUUAUGCUUUGGUUCUACAAGCUGUAUUGAGGGUCCCUUCAGCAGCUGGAAGAAAAAAAGCUUUCUCUACUUGUGGAUCUCAUCUGGCUGUGGUUUCUCUUUUUUAUGGCUCAGUGAUGGUCAUGUAUGUAAGCCCAACCUCUGAACAUGAUGCUGGAAUGCAAAAGACAGUGACAUUGUUUUAUUCUGUAGUCACUCCACUCAUUAACCCAGUGAUCUAUAGUCUGAGGAACAAAGAUAUGAAACAUGCUAUGAAGAAAUUACUCGGAAAGCCAUUUUCAGUGACAGUGGCUCCAGAUCUGUAUCCCUGGAGUCCCUCCUGGACAAAGCUCAAAGCUACUGAACAGAGGCAGGCCAAGUCCCAGGCACCCAUGACCUUUGCGGAUGUAGUGGUGCAUUUCACCCAUGAGGAGUGGCAUCAAAUGGACCCUUGGCAAAGAUAUCAACAAGAACCAAUCUUAAAUUUUUACCUCUCCUCCAUGGUGGAAGAGGAGCCAUCAGACAAAAAGUCAAUGCAGAAACAAGAUUUGCUUCAGUGGCUGAUAGUGAAAAGAUCUAAUAGAAACAGUCUUGGGACCUCAAAGCAGAAAAACUCUGCUCAUCUGAAGACAGAACCAGAUAAAAAAGACAGUGUUCAAAUAGUUCUUACGCUGAAAAUCUUUUCCAUAGGAAAUAGAUAUAGGAACAUGGAAUCUGGCCAAAACUUAGACCCAAUAUCAGCUCUUUUCAGGCAGCAUAUGUUUCCCCAAGGAAACAAAAGCACUAAUAUGUGA